UGCGAGCACGGGCGGGAGCGAUCUCAGUGCAAGGAGUGCGGGGGAGCCAGCAUCUGUGCCCAUCAGCGCCAGCGAGCUAAGUGCAAGGAGUGCGGGGGAGCCAGCAUCUGUACCCAUGGGCGGGAGCGAUCUUUCUGCAAGGAGUGCGGGGGAGCCAGCAUCUGUACCCAUGGGCGCAGGCGAUCUCAGUGCAAGGAUUGCGGGGGAGCCAGCAUCUGCAUCCAUGGGCGGAGGCGAUCUCAGUGCAAGGAGUGCGGGGGAGCCAGCAUCUGUACCCAUGAGCGCCAGCGAGCUAAGUGCAAGGAGUGCGGGGGAGCCAGCAUCUGCAUCCAUCAGCGCAAGCGAUCUCGAUGCAAGGAGUGCGGGGGAGCCAGCAUCUGUGCCCAUGGGCGCAGGCGAUCUACAUGCAAGGAGUGCGGGGGAUCCAGCAUCUGCAUCCAUGCGCGGAGGCGAUCUCAGUGCAAGGAGUGCGGGGGAGCCAGCAUCUGUACCCAUCAGCGCCAGCGAGAUAAGUGCAAGGAGUGCGGGGGAGCCAGCAUCUGUGCCCAUGGGCGGAUACGAUCCCAGUGCAAGGAGUGCGGGGGAGCCAGCAUCUGUGCCCAUGGACGGGAGCGAGCUAAGUGCAAGGAGUGCGGGGGAGCCAGCAUCUGUACCCAUGGGCGCCAGCGAUCUCGAUGCAAGGAGUGCGGGGGAGCCAGCAUCUGUACCCAUGCCCGG